CUUUUACUGUGAGCACCCAUAACUGCAGGGGCCAAGAAUUUAUUUACAUCGUCAAUACGGACAGCACUUCUAGUAAGUAGAGCCUAUAUUUUUUCCGCACAACAGUCAGUACUAGCACUAGCUUUCGUAGAAGAUAGCUUCAUGUCUACGUACGUGACGACCACAAAAUCCACUUAAUCAAAGCUCCCGUUCUUUCUUAACUCUUACCGUCAAUUAUACUGAUAGUCCUACCAUGGUUGAGAGUGACUUCGUACGCGAAUGCAUCACGCGAUUCGCGACCUUGCCGGAGAACGAGCGGGAGGACUUGCUGGUAAGGUUACGCAACGUCCACGCGGAGAAGAAGCAGAGCGAGCAGAGCGCGCCAAGUACUAAAGGCAGCAUCUUCGGUGGCAAGGGGACGGGUAAAGGAAAAGGCCAGCCACAAUCAAAUGGAGGCAGCAGCCAGAGCUCGAGCAUUUUCGGCGCGAACCUCAAUGCCUUCCCAGCCGGCAGCCCUAGUAGUCCGUUUGCGGUGCAGCCGGUCAGACACGAGCCGGCACUGAUAGGGAAUGACGCAAUAGACGUUUUCUUCCGAGAGGAAGAAGGGUCUGCGCUGCUCACGCGGAACGACUGCGUGAAGCCGGCGAGCCAUGCCGAGUUCGUGGCAAAAGUUGCGAAUUGGCUCUCAUUCGUCUCACAAAGUAUAGAGCUUUUUUGGCGGAGAUUUUCAAUUCGUUUUGAUAUUGAUUCUAGAAAUAUGUAAGGCAGAUCGGGAUUCACAUUCAUUCCCACUCGUGACAUCACGAACCCUGAGGUCCUCGUCGUGUCGUGACGGACUUGGAAAUAAUAAAACGAAAAGUAAAACCGCAAGAAUCCAUAUACAGUUUCCGUCGACAAGGGCAUGAUCGCGAAAUCUUUUGUGAAUGCCAGUCCGGAGGAGCGGGGAAGGUUAGAGAGGAUAUUUCGUCGCGAUGCCGACCGGACGAUGCUCAACGAGCACAGGAGGCUGCGGUUCAUCGAGACGCUGACACUCUGCAACGUGGAGCUUCAAGACUACCACCAGGGGGGCGGAUUCAUAACCGCGUUUCUGAGUCUCUUCUUAAGACAAGAGGACGUCGCGAGGGUAUAGCACUUUUUUUUUUAGUUGUGAUUUUGUUUCAAAUAAAGUCAUACAAACGGAAACGUAUUCAUUACUGAUCGCUGCCCAAACGUUAGCUUCGUUUGCCUACUUGCAGCGCAAAAAGAGAUUUUGCGCGCAAAACCAUUUUCCAGGUGAUUUGGCACCUCCACCGCCACGAGAUGGUCGGGUAUUUCAAGGGGGCCGCCCAGGGCUUCGUGAGCGACAGCCGGGUAUUCCACGAGCUCUUUCGACAGUUCCUGCCGAAUCUGAAUGCGCACCUGGAGCGACACCAGAUGAACAGCGAGAACACGCAGAUGUGGUGCAUCAAAUUCUUCGUCGGAAUGGGCGUCCACUUCAUGCCUUUCACCAUCGUCUUCCAAUACUUCGAGGCCUGCCUGCAGCACGGUAUUUAGAUAUGGAAAAAAAAAUAAAAUGGGUUCUUUUUCUCUACUUUCGCAGUCUAUGCAAGCUAGCAAGUUGUACUUACUGACGAGGAGGCAAACAGAAAGAGCAGCUGAUCCACGGGAAGCGAAAGUCAUUGCAUGAACAUCAGAAAAAACUUACACCAACAGGGCACGAAUUCUUUUUCAAGUUCGGAAUAUCCUGGCUCCAGCACUUGGAGACGCACCUGAUGCUUGCGCGAAGCACGUCGGAGCUGGGUGCGCUGCUCCGGAACGAGCACCCAACGGACCAAACGAAGUCUCACCCUGGGCUCUGGAAAGGCAGCGUCAAGGACGAGAUUGAGGCUUUCGAAGAGAUUUUGGCCAACGCACACUCGGUGAACCUGAACCGCUUUGGCGACUUCCAGCAGCUGAGAAUACGAAAGGCAGCCGAGUUUGAGCAACUGAUGAUCCAAAGAGCGAAAAGAAUGGAAGAGUUGGCCGAUGAGGUGGAGAAUUGCGAAGGCGACUUCAGCGACGAGGACGACUAGGAGCUGCAUUUUAAUAGCUCCUCUCACAGGAGCUCUUGAAACCCCGUACGAACGACUUUGAUUUGGUAUUCACGCAAGCGCACAUAAUUACAUUCAUAAGGACAUAAACGGAU